CGUUAAGUUAACUGGAAUUGCAUCACUUUAAUUUCCUCUUUACUCUAAAAGAAACCAUUAGGUUAUCCAGUAGGUUUCACUCACUGAACGCUUACUCUGAAGAACAGCUCUGUCGAGUCAGUUUGAAACAGAAUGUCCGGGCAGCUGUAUCACACCAUCAGUCAAAUCACAGAUGAGCUCAGCACUGAAGAAUGCAAGCAGAUCUCUUACCUGUGUGGGGCUCUUGAUAUGGACACGUUCUCUUCUGAUCCCAGAAGAAAGUUACAAUCUGUGUUGUGCCAAAUUAGGAUGGAUUAUGUUCUCCUUAUGGAGCUCGUUCUGAAAAUAAAACGCUACGAUCUGCUGAGAGAAGUGCUGAUGACCAACAAGAGUAUGGUUGAGGGAAUGUUAAAACAUGGACACGCUGUACCUGAAUACAGAUUACUGAUGGCUGAUGUCAGUGAGGACAUGGACACUGAAGACCUGAAGUCAUUGACAUUCUUACUGAGAGGCACUUUACCGAAACAUAAACUGGAAAACGUCCAGAGUUUUCUAGACAUUGUGGUGGAGCUGGAGAAGCUCGACCAGCUCUCUAGUGAGAAGAUGGACAUGAUCGAACACUGCCUGAGAUCCAUUCACAGGGCUGAUCUGGCUAAAAAGAUAAGCCAUUACCAGCGGCGAGGACUAAUGACAAACCAAGGAACUUCCCCUCCAGACAGAUUACAACUCGGCAGAUGCAGAAAUGCAUUGCCGAACAAUUCAUCAGUUUCCUGCAAUGUUAGGCAGCUUCUCAAAUUCUGUGAUAAGACGACCGCUGUGAAGAAAGAAGCACUUAGUUCCUGUUGUCAGCAGGAUGAAGAAUACAGUAUGCAGAGUGAUCCCAGAGGAGUGUGUUUAAUCAUAGACUGUGUCGGCACUGAAGGAGACCAGCUGGCGGAAACAUUUAAGGGCUUACACUUCCAUGUGAUCAUACACAAGCUGCUGAGUGUCAGAGAUGUGCUGUCCACUCUGACUGAAGUGGCCCGACAGCGGGAUCACUACAGGGCAUGUGCGUUUGUUUGCUGCAUUAUCAGCCGAAGUCACUCAUCGGACCUGCUGGCCACUGACUCCCACGGCCCAGGACUGAACCUGGACACAAUCAGGCACCUGUUCACCCUAAACUCCUGCCCUGGCCUGGCAGGCAAGCCUAAACUCUUCUUUAUCCAGAGCUAUGAUGUGUCAGUGCCUCAGGAGUGUGCUGGAUGUAUGGGUUGUGGAGAUCAGGGAGAUUUGGAGACAGACGGGCUGUUUUGCAGGGCAAGGACUAUCCCAGCUGAUGCAGAUGUCUUCUGGAGUCACUGCUGGACUGGAGGGAAGAAACUGGAGAUACCAAACCACCAGUCUGUGUACCUGCAAGUUCUGCGAUCCUCCUUAACUGAGGGACAGAAAAGGAGGACUCAUAUGGUAGAUAUACACAUGGCGGUGAAUCGUGAAGUAUAUGAGCACAAUAACAAAUCUGCAGAUUCCUCUUACUAUUUAAAUCUGAGACACACUCUGAGGAAAGAUGUCUAUUUGUCAUGAUGCUGAACACUUAUCUUUGUUUAAACAUUGGCCCUUAACACUUACUUAGUUUAAUCAUUUUAAACCAUGACUUGCACUGCACACAAAUAACUAAUACUGGCAUUAUAUUCAUGUUGUUUAGCCAGAGGGGAACUGGUCCCCACAGUGAGUCUGGUUUCUCCCAAGGUUAUUUUUCUCCAUUAAUCAACAUCUUCUGGAGUUUUGUGUUUCUUGUCACAGUCGACUUCGGCUUGCUCACUGGGGUUAUACAUACAAUUAUUAUUUAAUUACUAAUUGUAAACACAAUUCACAAUCGUAUUUGAUCAAACUGCACAAUGAUGACUCAUAGACAUUAUAGACAUUACGGUUUUAACUUCUGUUAAUGCUGAUCUUCUAUAAAGCUGCUAUGAAAUGUGGUUGUGAAAAGCGCUAUACAAAUAAAACUGACUUGACUUAAAGGUAUAUGUUCAUAAAGAACAUGUACAAUGUUUAACUUAAGUAAUAUCAUAAUGAUGUUAAUAUUAAUUGUAUCAAUUAUAAUUUGCCUGUUACUGGACUCAUUGUUUUGAGUUUCCUAAAUCGUCCACAUGAUGGCAGUGUUGACCUUCUGACAGUAAACUUAACCAAAUACACUGUAAACCCUAAUGCUGUCAUUACUGGAAAAAUCAAUCUGUCUUAAUAAAACAUUAU